ACUGGUGAUCUUAGGGGAAUGUGCUGCAGAACCUCAGGGAGGCCAACAGCAGGAGCAGAGAGAUAAGGGAGAGGGGACAGCCGCAGAGACUGGGACACAGCCAGCCAGGCUUCCCCUCAGGAAAUACUGGUAGCCAAACUGGCUGAUGGACUUGCAUUACCUCCCUGGAAGAAGAGGGCCAGGUGGGCCUAAGAGUCAAAGACCCUGAACCCCCUGGGGCUGGGGGAGAGGAGAGCUGGCUGACUCAGACCUGGUCCACCUGCCUGGGUCAGGGAGCCGUCUGGUGACAGCCUCUGGCUGAGCAUGGCCCUCCCAGUCCUGGGUCUGGACUCCUGGAGCCUCCUGGGUCUCUUCUUCUUUCAACUGCUGUUGCUGUUGCUGUCACCUCCGACCGCAGAGAGUGGUGGGCAGGGACCUGUGCCCAGGGUCAAAUAUUAUGCGGGGGAUGGACGCAGGGCAUUGAGCUUCUUCCAUAAGAAGGGCCUCCAGGACUUUGACACUCUCCUCCUGAGUGGUGAUGAAAACACUCUCUAUGUGGGGGCUCGAGAGGCCAUUCUGGCCUUGAAUAUCCAGGAUCCAGGAGUUCCAAAGCUAAGGAACAUGAUACCCUGGCCAGCCAGUGACAGAAAAAAGAGUGAAUGUGCCUUUAAGAAGAGUAAUGAGACGCAGUGCUUCAAUUUCAUUCGUGUCCUGGUCUCUUUCAACACCACUCAUCUCUAUGCCUGUGGCACCUUUGCCUUCAGCCCAGCUUGUACCUUCAUUGAACUUCAAGAUUCCAACCUGUUACCCAUCUUAGAGAACAAGGUCAUGGAAGGAAAAGGCCAAAGCCCCUUUGACCCUGCUCACAAGAACACAGCUGUCUUGGUGGAUGGGAUGCUCUAUUCUGGCACCAUGAACAACUUCCUGGGCAGUGAGCCCAUCCUGAUGCGCACUCUGGGCUCUCAGCCUGUCCUCAAGACUGACACCUUCCUCCGCUGGCUGCACCCGGACGCCUCCUUCGUGGCAGCCAUCCCUUCGACUGAGGUCGUCUACUUCUUCUUCGAGGAGACAGCCAGCGAGUUUGACUUUUUUGAGAAGCUCCAUACAUCCCGGGUGGCUCAAGUCUGCAAGAAUGACGUGGGCGGUGAGAAGCUGCUGCAGAAGAAAUGGACCACUUUCCUGAAGGCCCAGCUGCUCUGUACCCAACCCGGGCAGCUGCCCUUCAACAUCAUCCGCCACGCGGUUCUACUGCCCGCCGAUUCUCCCUCGGUUCUCCGCAUCUAUGCAGUCUUCACCUCCCAGUGGCAGGUCGGUGGGACCAGGAGUUCUGCAGUGUGUGCCUUCUCUGUCAUGGACAUUGAGAACGUCUUUAAGGGGAAAUACAAGGAAUUAAACAAAGAAACUUCACGCUGGACUACUUAUAGCGACAGUGAGAUCAAUCCCCGGCCAGGCAGUUGCUCUGUGGGUCCCUCCUCUGAUAAAGUUUUGACCUUCAUGAAGGACCAUUUCCUGAUGGAUAAGCAGGUAGUGGGGACGCCCCUGCUGGUGAAGUCUGGUGUGGAGUACACACAGCUUGCAGUGGAGACAGCACAGGGCCUUGAUGGGCGAGAUCAUCUGGUCAUGUACCUGGGCACCUCCACAGGGUCCCUGCACAAGGCUGUGGUGAGUGGGGAUAGCAAUGCCUAUCUGGUAGAGGAAAUCCAGCUGUUCCCUGACCCUGAACCUGUUCGUAACCUGCAACUGGCCCCCACCCAGGGUGCACUCUUUGUUGGCUCCUCAGGAGGUAUCUGGAGGGUGCCCCGAGCCAACUGUAGUGUCUAUGAGAGCUGUGUGGACUGUGUUCUUGCCCGAGACCCCCACUGUGCCUGGGACCCUGAGUCUCGAACCUGCCGUCUUCUCUCUGCCCCCAACCUGAAUUCCUGGAAGCAGGACAUGGAGCAUGGGAACCCAGGGUGGGCAUGUGCCAAUGGCCCCAUGGGCAGGAGCCACCGGCCUCAGAGCCGUCCGCAAAUCAUUAAAGAAGUCCUGGCUGUCCCCCACUCCAUCCUGGAGCUCCCCUGCCCCCACCUGUCAGCACUGGCCUCUUACCACUGGAGUCACGGCCUGGCAGCAAUCCCAGAAGCCUCUUCCACAGUCUACAAUGGCUCCCUCUUGUUGUUGCCCCGGGAUGGAGUUGGGGGCCUCUACCAGUGUGUGGCCACUGAAAACAGCUUCUCAUACCCUGUGGUCUCCUAUUGGGUGGACAGCGAGGAACAGUCCCUGGCCCUGGAUCCUGAACUGGCGGGCAUUCCCCGGGAGCGAGUGGAGGUCCCGCUGACCCGGGUCGGUGGUGGGGCUGCCAUGGUUGCCCAGAGAUCCUACUGGCCUCACUUUCUCAUUGUCACUGUUCUGCUCGCCUUAGUGCUUUCAGGAGCCCUCAUUGUCCUCCUUGCCUCCCCACUGGGAGCUCUCCGGGCUCGGGGCAAGGUCCCGGGCUGUGGGACCCUGCCCCCUGGGGAGAAGGCCCCACUGAGCAGGGAGCAGUGCCUCCAGCCCCCCAAGGAAUGCAGGACCUCUGCCAGUGAUGUGGACGCUGACAACAACUGUCUGGGCACUGAGGUGGCUUAAACUCUGGGCACAGGCUAGAGCUGUUGAGUAGAGCAGGCUCCUGGCCAUGCUGACUGGGAGACCCUGAGCAGAGCACCCUGAUUAGGGUGGGAGUAGCGCAAAAGACCAUCUUCCUUCCAUGACUGGAGCUUCUCCUGCCACUAAGUGCCACCAAUGGCAUCCCGAGGGGCCGUUCAUGGCAGCCUGUCUUGCAUGGAACUCCCUUCUACCAAGCCAGGGGCUCUCUCACGGGAGACUGCCCCCAGGCCUGCACCUAUGACGAGAGGACCUGGAGAGGAUCUUACACUUCUGGCCAUUCCAGGGACCCUCCAGAAACAUACAGUUCCAGGAGAUAUGGAAAAACUGUUCCAGGACCCUGUGGUCAUGGACACCGAACAUCAAAAUGACCCUAAACUAAGACUCUGCUCCUGGAAACUCUACCUUGAAAGCAGCUACCACCUGGAUACCAACCCUCCCUUCUCCCAGGGGUCUCCAGGAUUCUCUAGGGAGCUUCCCAUUCCUGCUCCCCUUACCAACCAUGCACCACUGACUCUAGGAAGUCUUACCUAAAGUCUGACCAGCUUCCCUCUUGCUUUUAUUCAGGUAGAUUGUGUUCUUUCUGCCCUGGCUAGAAGGGCAGGGGUAAUCUGAGCCUUGUUCACUCCUUUACCCUGGAUGACCUCUUGACCUCUGACCUCUCCCCUUCCCUAUGUUUUGAGAUUCUGAACACUGCUUGUCACAGACAGUUUAUUUUUUAUUAAAAAGACAAAGCUCA